UUUCUCAUGUGGGACUGGGAGCUUUGGCGAUCGCACUUUCCAUUUUAUCCUUUACUGGGGAAACUGCUGCUGCCUCGUGCAACUUGGGCUGGAACACCACAACAAGAACAAAAAUACUCCGCCGGACCCGAAAAGUAAACCCAAUCCAUGAACGGGAAUCGGGAACCCCAAUAACAGUCCUCUCCCCACUUUUCUUCACUCCUUCAAAAAUCUCGCUCUGUGGUGUAAUUACUGCUUCAGCUACUACUCCAGGACGCCCUGUAAUGGCGUCUUUCGCCAUUGGAUCACAUCACCUGAACCCAUUCCGCCAAUUCAAGAAACACUCGCUCCAUCCUCCCUUAUCUCCCGCUUCUCCGCCACCUUCGUUUGGCCCUUCCCACUGUAGAUUUCGAGGUUCAACUCGGUUCGGCGGUGGGUUGCUGGUGAGAGCAGAGGAUAAGGCUAGGGACUCAUCCUAUUCGUCGCCAAUUCAGCAGAGGACUCAACAGCUCCAGGUACUUUAUCAUUUCAUCAGGAUUUCACAGAAGAAUCGGGGAACUGUGAUCCUAUAUGUUCUGUUGAUGAAACGAGUUCACAAGAAUAUGAGGCCAACUACCAGCCCAAGACGGACUUGCUGAAAGCUUUUGCAGUUGUGGGAACAGCUUUAACUGGAGCUGCGGCGAUUAAUCAUUCGUGGGUGGCGGCGAAUCAGAAUCUUGCUAUGGCAUUGCUGUUUGGAAUAGGAUAUGCUGGCAUUAUCUUUGAAGAGUCUCUUGCCUUCAAUAAAAGUGGGGUGGGAUUACUGAUGGCUGUGAGCUUAUGGUCCGUUCGAAGUAUUGGAGCUCCUUCAGUUGAUAUUGCUGUCUCGGAGCUUCAACAUGCAUCAGCAGAAGUUAGUGAAAUAGUCUUUUUUCUGCUUGGUGCAAUGACAAUUGUGGAGAUAGUCGAUGCUCAUCAAGGAUUUAAGCUAGUCACUGACAAUAUAACAACUCGAAAGCCACGCUCUCUGCUUUGGGUGAUUGGCCUAGUAACAUUUUUCCUGAGUUCAAUCCUUGAUAACCUGACAUCAACAAUUGUCAUGGUUUCUUUACUGAGGAAACUUGUGCCCCCCUCAGAAUACAGGAAGCUUCUAGGAGCAGUUGUUGUGAUUGCAGCAAAUGCUGGAGGUGCUUGGACUCCGAUUGGUGAUGUUACCACCACAAUGCUAUGGAUCCACGGUCAGAUUUCCACAUUGCCGACAAUAAAGGACUUGUUUAUACCUUCAGCGGUUUCUCUUGCUGUGCCCCUUGCACUUAUGUCCCUGACCAGUGAAGUUAACGGAAAGGGACAGGAUGCUGCAGAUGUCAUGCCAUCUGAACAGAUGGCUCCUCGAGGACAGCUCGUAUUCUCUAUCGGUGUUGGAGCUUUGAUCUUUGUUCCUGUUUUCAAGUCCCUAACUGGGCUGCCUCCUUACAUGGGAAUGCUUCUUGGGCUUGGAGUUCUCUGGAUUGUCACCGAUGCCAUUCAUUAUGGCGAAUCAGACCGCCAGAGGUUGAAAGUACCCCAAGCUUUAUCACGCAUCGACACCCAGGGUGCCCUUUUCUUCCUCGGUAUCCUUCUCUCUGUCAGCAGUUUGGAGGCAGCCGGGCUUCUUCGCGAGCUAGCAAACUAUCUUGAUGCUCAUAUUCCGAACUUUGAGCUCGUGGCGAGUGCGGUGGGAGUCGUGUCUGCAAUCAUCGACAACGUCCCCCUAGUUGCUGCAACAAUGGGAAUGUACGACCUGACCUCUUUUCCCCAAGAUUCAGAGUUCUGGCAGUUGAUCGCUUACUGCGCUGGCACUGGUGGAUCCAUGCUGGUCAUUGGCUCGGCAGCUGGAGUUGCGUUCAUGGGGAUGGAGAAGGUUGACUUCUUCUGGUACUUGAAGAAGGUGAGUGGCUUUGCUUUUGCUGGCUAUGCCGCUGGAAUUGUUGCAUACUUGGCUGUUCAUAACCUGAACCUUUCGCUACCCACGACACUGGCCGAGGUCCCAUUCCUGUCAGGUCCGUAAGAUCCGAGGCUCUCCUGAGCUCCGAUCUUUACACAAAGUGCGACAUUCCUUUCAACAUAGAUCCUGCUGAGGACCAAGGAAUGUUGUUAAUGGUGAUAAUAACGCAAUAAGGUGCUUGGAUCCCUUUUAAGUUGUAUGUGCAUCUAAAGCAUAGUGGGGAUGCUAGUCUAGGGCUCUAGGCCCUGCCUGCUUUUUACCCUUCGGAGAAAUUCAGUGGAGUUGGUUGUUCAUGGCUGGCAGGGAUCAUUACAGACUGUAGAUCAUUUAGAAGCAAGUUCAGCAAGUGUUGUUAUUUCAUCAGUUGUAGACUGUAGCGAGAUGUAGUUUUUUUGAAGCAAAGGUGCUGCUCUGUUGUAAUAAAAAAAAAAGGUAUAAUGGCAAUAAAAGUGACUCUACUUCCUCCAGACUCCAGUUAUAUAAAAAAGGAAAAUCAGGAGUGCCUCAAUAAAAGUACAUGCUGCUCUAAACCUCAGAUACCAUACUACAGAGCAAGCCAAAAACCAAAUUCAUGCAAUCAAUCAUACUCUUGAGACCCAAAUCCAACUGACUACUAGCAAUAGCACAGGAACAAAACUGUCACAAAUUUCACAACAGCCCGAAAAGCUAUCAUAACUUGAGGAAAACGAUUUCCUCAACAGCCGGGAUUUCACCAAUCCUCUGCAGACUCUCCUUGCUCGGCUGGUCAUCCACACCAAUUGCCAUCACAGCUUGCUUUCUGGGAGCGAUCCUACCGACGCUCAUGAAACUGACGUUCACAUUCUCCUGCCCCAGUAUGCUCCCCACUUUCCCGAUCAUCCCGGGCUGAUCCACCUGUCGGCAAAGUAUAAUGCUGCCUUCCAAGCUGACGUCGACCUCAAACGACCCCACCCUUGUCAGAUGUGGGACUCCAUCUUUCACACGUCCUUCGACCCUGAUCUCCCCGGUAUCAGAAAUAGCACUGGCGAACUUGGAUUCCACAUUGGCGAUUUGGACCUGGAUGGAGUCCAGUGGUGCCUCGGGAGAUCCAUCUAGAAGGAUGCGCUCCUCAGUGAUCCUCACUCCUCUUUGUUUGGCAGUGAAGUCUGCAUUGACCAAGUUCACGAAGACGCUGGAUAUGGGCUCGAUUAUGCCCUUGGUGAUCAUGGCACGCAGCACCCUUGUGUCAAGGUCAUCGGGGGCUCUAGCAGAGGCAUACGUCACUUUAACGGAUUUGACACCGCUUCCUCCAGUUACUAGCUGGACAGCCAAACGACCAAGUUUCUCAGCGAGUAUGACAUAUGGUUUAAGCUCUGAUAGCACCUCGGCAGGCACCAUGGGUGCAUUGACUGCAGUAGAAGCAAGCUCACCCUUCAAGGCUCCAACAACAGCUUCAGCUAUUUCAAUAGCCACUCCUUCCUGAGCUUCAACAGUACUAGCACCAAGAUGAGGCGUCACGAUCACAUUCUCAUGCUGCACCAAUUUGCUUUCAGGUGAUGGGGGUUCCUUUGUGAAGACAUCAAGUGCAGCCUGAGCAACAAUUCCAGAGUCCAAUGCCCUCACCAGAGCUUCUUCAUCAAUCACACCUCCACGGGCCACAUUGACAAUCCUAACGCCCUUCUUCAUCUUUCCAAAAGUUUCGUCGUUGAGCAUCUUUGAAGUUGUAGGAGUAAGAGGCAUGUGCAGAGAAAUGAAAUCUGCAGUUGCUAUGGCUUCAUCAAAGGUCACCAGCUCCACACCAAUAGCACGAGCACGGUCUGCAGGAGCAUAGGGGUCAUGUGCAAUAACAUGCAUUCCGAGCCCCUUGGCACGCCUAGCCAAUUCUGUUCCUACUUUUCCAAAACCCAUGACAGCAAGUGUUUUCCCAACAAGGGAGACACCCACAUACUUGUUCCUUAGCCACUUCCCUGCUUUAACAGAAGCAUCUGCCUGAGCAACAUUCCUGGCCAUAGCAGCCAAGAGCGCAAUCCCAUGCUCCGCCGCCGCAACAGUGUUGGCCGUGGGCGCAUUCACCACCAAACACCCAUGCUCCGUCGCGGCAGCCAGAUCCACAUUGUCAAUCCCAACCCCAGCCCUCCCGACGACCUUCAACCUCCCUCCUGAAGACUCGAACACCUCCCUGCUCACCUUCGUCCCGCUGCGCACGAUCAGGGCGUCGCAGAGCGAGAUCUUGGUGUUGAGCUCUUCAGGGGACAGGUUGUAGGAGCAAUCCACGUUGGCGAACUCCUUGAGGAGAUCCAGCCCCGCCGCCCCGAGCUUCUCGGCGACCAGGACGGUGGGCUUGGCGUCGAGCCCACCGGUGGCGAGGACGACGAAGCGGCGGCUCCCGCGGCCGUGGGCGGCGCGGAGGCUGAGGGAUGAAAUUGAGAAUUGAGCGGGGGAGGAGAUGGAGAGCGAGGAGGAGAGUUUUGGGUUGAGGGAUGGAACGUUGAGGGUGGAGGUGGAGGCGGCCAUUUCGGGAGAGAAGGUGGUGGAUCCGGCGAUUUGCGGCGGCCGGGAAAUGGGAGUGGAGAGAUUUGGCCUUUGGGGGAGUUGGGAGUGGAGAUCUAAUUGGGGAUUUUAU